UAGUAACGUUUCUCGCAGUCCUUCGCUCUAGCAGCUAACGGCAACAUCUCACCAAAAUGAUUGCUGCUAGUAAGCCCCUGAAUCUUCUACAUUCACGCUUCCAAAGGCUCGGAACCCCGGCUCUCGUUUUAUUGCUACUCGUUGUACAAACGCUUCUGGGGAUGAACUUUCGAUGUCCUCGCCCGAAUAGAAAAGCCCUAGCGUAUGGCUAUGUAUUUCUCAUACUUCCACCCGUUACCCUUUUUAUUUUGAGCUUGAUGCUCAGACCCAGAAGAUCGCCCGGUCUGUUUUCCUCGACGUGUUGUUCCUUCAAGUAUGUUCUGUAUGUACUUCUGCAGGCUGGGAAGGCUCCGCUGAUCUGUUUUUUCAUUGCGUUAAUUGAUGGACGGUAUCUCGCUUGCAUCCUGCAGACUCGUGAUGACUCCGAUUAUACAAUAGACCACAGUAUGCCAAUGAUUCAGCUUUCUGGCCUCAUCUGUCUCGCUGCAUACAUCAGCUUAGAAUGCCUCGUACCACAUAUCUCCUGGAUGAAGACACUUGUGGCUUACUGGUACCGCAAGCAGCAAGAGGACCUCAUCCUGCGGGAGGUGGAGAUCAUUGCCCUGGAGAAGGUGGAUGAGAAGAGAAAGGCCUUUCUGGAGAAUAUGAUGAGUCCGGAACUGGAUAAAUUAAGCCUGGAAGAGACUCACACAGGGGGACACAUGUCAGAGCUUGUGUGGCACUAUAAGUAUAACACGCUGCAAGCAAUAACCGGGAGAAAAGACAGCGGAGAGUUACAGAGCGAGGCAGAAGUGGAAUGAGUAGGGACAGAGCCAACACAGACAGCACUUAUUAACCCUUUCCUGUGUGGUGCGUUACAUGUUAACCGACACCAUGGCUUCAACAUUUUUAAUACUUCAGUUAACCAGUUACAGUGAUUUCAUUUUUUAGUGUUUAAAAAAAAUAAAAAUCAAUAGCAAAAUUGUUAAAAAUAAUAAAAAUAAUACAAUGUCUUAUCUGUUUGCCAAACAGUAUUUUCAAUAAGUAGAACAAUAAAUAUAUUCCAAAUCUGUUCAAA